GAUAUCAGGUGGAGCAAAAUGGCUCGGGAGAAUGAGAUGCAGGAGUUCACCUGUAGCUUCUUCCAAGGCCGCCCGGACCUCAGCACGCUUACGCACUCCAUCGUGCGGCGGAGGUUCUUGGCUCACGCGGGCCGCGACCACCUGGAACCCGAGGAGAAGCAGGCGCUGAAGCGGCUAGUGGAGGAGGAGCUGCUGAAGAUGCAGGUGGAUGAAGCGGGUGGCAGGGAAAAGAGGCUCGACGUUGCCAGGAAGGCCAAAAGGUCUCCCAUCCCCUGCCGUGACCCAGCGAGAAAAAGGUUCCGUUUCAAUUCGGAGUCAGAGCCCAGCUCUGCAGCCUCCAGUCCAGACUGCUUCGGCCUCCCAGCAAAGAAUGGGAUGGCAGCAGAAGUCAGUCCAGCCGAGGAUGAGGAUCCAAAGCGAGCCUCAAAGAAAGCAAUUGAGGAGAGCAGCGAUGAGGAGGAACAGCAGAGGGACCUGACUGCAAAGAUGGGAUUAGAGAAGGAGGAGGUGAAGGGGAGCAGUGAGGAGGAGGAAGAGGGCUCUGCCAGAAAGAGUAAGGUCUGGAAAGAAGAAAGCAGUGAGGAAGAGGAAGAUGAGGAAAAGGAAGAGAAGGAGGAGGAGGAAAAGGAGUCCAAGGGCAGGACUAGGAAGAAGCCUGGGACAAAGAACAAGCAGGCACCAGGCAAGGCCUCAGCCAGUAGGAAAGAGGCCAGGGAGGAGAGUGAAGACAGUGAGGAAUGUGCCCAGGGGCCAGGAAAGAAGGCAGAGGGAAAGAAGGGAGCUAAAAAAAGCCACCAGGAAAGUGAAAAGGAGAGUGAGGAGGAGACCCUAGCCAAGAAGGAAAAGAAGAGAGAGGAAGACGAGGAUUGGAAACUCACAGCCCAGAGCAGUGGAGGUCAAAGGUCCUCCUCUCCGGAGGAGAGGAGCUGUAAGCAGAAAAGCAGGGCAGCAAGACUGCUGGGAUACCCGGGGGAAAGAGAGGAACAGAAGGAAAGAUCAGCAGCAGGCAGUGGGGAUAGCAGUGGGGAAGAUGAAGAGCCCCUGGAGCAGAGGAAGAGCAAAGACAAGACCCAGUGGAAGGGUGGGAAAAGGCAGAGUGGAAGCAGUGAGGAGGAUGGGGAAGACGGCUGGAGGAAGAUGACACCAACUACUGGAAAGACAGCCGACGUGGGCAGUAUCAACGGUGAGGCAAGUGACUCGGAGAAGGAGGUGAGUGACAGCGAGGCAGAGGGGACCCCCAAGAAGGAGAGGAAGAACCGCUCUUCCAAGAAGAGCUCCAAGAAAGGCAGGACACGAAGCUCCUCCUCCUCUUCCACAGAUGGCAGUCCAGAACAUAAAGGCAGGAAGGCUGGCUCUGGUCGCCCUGGUGAGGACCACCCGUCUGUGAUGAGGCUAAAGCGCUACAUUCGGGCCUGUGGGGCUCAUCGAAACUACAAGAAGCUGCUGGGCUCCUGCCGUUCACACAAGGAACGCCUGAGUGUUCUCCGGGCAGAGCUGGAAGCCCUGGGCAUGAAGGGUAACCCUUCCUUAGAGAAGUGUCGGGCCCUGAAGGAGCAGCGGGAAGAGGCAGCUGAGGUAGCCUCCUUGGACAUUACCAACAUCAUCAGUGGUUCAGGCCGGCCACGCAGACGCACAGCCUGGAACCCUGCAGGAGAAGCAGCCCCAGCGGGGGAGCUAUACCGCAGGACCCUGGACUCAGAGGAAGAGCGGCCCCGCCCCCCACCCCCAGACUGGUCACAUAUGCGUGGCAUCAUCAGCAGUGAUGGCGAGAGCAACUGAGCUCCCCCUGUCCCCAGGAGGGACUUUCCACUUGUAGAAAG